GCCAUGGAGCAGCACCUGCGGCGCCUGCGGCAGGAGCUGCUGUCCAUGAAGGAGGUGGGUGACGGGCUGCACGAGCAGAUGAACUGCAUGAUGGGCGCCCUGCAGGAGCUGAAGCUGCUGCAGGUGCAGACGGCCCUGGAGCACCUGGAGCUCUCGGGGCGCCGCAGCCCCGCGGGGCAGCGCCGCUGCUGCCAGGGCAGCGCGGGGCCCGGGCAGGAGCCAGGGCCGGGGGCCGCCCGGGGACGCUGCCCCCCGCGCCCGGCGCGUCCCGUGCCGCUGCCAGCCGGGCCGUGCCAGCCUGCUGCGGCCCCGGAGAGCCAGCGGCCUGCAGACGGCCCCUGCUGCUCACAGAGCCUCUGCGGGGAGGCCGUGUGCCCCCCUCAAGGACCUCGCUGGGUGCCCUGGGCGCCGGAGCCCGGCCAGGGCACGGCUGGGGCACGGCCGCCGUGCCGGGAGUGCCCGGGCUGCGACGAGGGCCACGACUGGACCUCGUCCCUGAUGUCGCAGAGCAGGAACCGGCAGCCGCUGGUGCUGGGCGACAACAUCUUCGCAGACCUGGUGGGCAACUGGCUGGACCUGCCCGAGCUGGACAAGAAGGGGGAGAAGGGCGAGGGGUCCCUGUCCGCGAGCAGGUCCCAGGAGCUCUGCAGGAAGUUCUCCCUCACGGCCAACAUCUUCAAGAAGUUCCUGAGGAGCGUCCGGCCGGACCGCGACAGGCUGCUCAAGGAGAAGCCUUGCUGGCUCCCUCCUGAGGACAAACGGCCCCAGAUCUCCAAGAGGUCCAAAAAGAUCAACAAACUCAAGGGGACGUUUUACCUGCCCCUUCACGGGAACCUGCAGAGCCAUCACAGCAAAGCAGAGAGGUGCCCAAGGGCAGAGGGCCAUGGUGAGCACCCCAAAAUGGGCACCAGGAAAGUGCCCGACCCCAGAGACUACAGCCAGGGCUUUGACAUCAACACGGCUGUGUGGGUGUGA